UUCAUUUUCCAUCGAGAAAUCUAUGGAGUUCUUCCUAAGUGUUCGUUUAGUGGCUGGAUCGCAAAAAGGUAACGAUCUAGCAUCAAAAUAUUUCCUACGACCAUCGAAUACGCUUCAUAGUGGUGGAUAUUUGUGUCGGUUACUCAAAAAAAAGUUGACCUUGAAUUUUAUAGGACGACUUGAACGACCUAAGCCAGGACGUUCUACAAAGUUAGAUACUUUAACCGAAUGGAUUGAGUGA